AUGCACUUCCAGUCACGCGUAUUCACAACUACCAUCCACGAACUCUUCGCCGACGACUGCGCUCUCAACAACACUAAGGGCGGGGGCAUGCAAAGGAACAUGGACCCCCUUCGACGACGACUGCGACGUAGGCCUGGUCAUCCACACAGAAGACAGUGGUUAUGCACCUGCCGCUACCCAGUGUUACCUACAAUGCACCCCAAAUCAGCGCGAGCGGUCCCCAGCCGCAAGCCGUGGACAACUUCGCUCAUCAUGGGCAGCACUCUAUCUCGCAACACCAAAAUCGACGAUGAAGUGAUCCACCGGAUUACCAAGGGCAGCCAAGCCUUCGGCCGCCAGCAAAACACUGUCUGGAAUCGACACGGUCUCCACCUCGAUACGAAACUCAAGAUGUACAAAGCAGUCAUUCUGCCGACGCUGCUAUAUGGAGCGGGGACCUGGACGACGUACAAGAAGCAAGCGCGGAGGCUCAACCACUUCCACCUGAGCUGUUUUCAGCAGAUAAUAAAGCUGAGGCGGCAGGGCCGGAUCUUGGACACAGAUGUACUGAAACGGACAGGGAUCCUCGGCACCUACGCCAUGCUGAGACAAUUGCAACUGCACUGGAGCGGCCACCUCAUGUGGAUGGACAACGAGCGGCCACCCAAACGAUUCUUCAACGGAGAUGUCGCCACGGGUUCCGGCAGACAAGGUGGUUAA